AUAAGAUGCGAAGAAGACAAAGUGGAGAAGGCUGAUAGCUAGCAUCUUUGAUGGAAGGAGGCCGAGAAGGAGCUCAGCGUCGCUAUGUCUUCGAAGUCCCUCCGCUGGCAAGCCCAAUUGAGUUUGCUCAACAAGAAGAGAAUUUCCAUGGCUUGAGCUUCAUGAUUCCAUCUCAAACCAGUACUCCUUUCAAUCCCUUGAAUGCUGCCUUCUCAUUUGAAAACCCUAAUCCAGUGAGUGGCAAUGAAGAGGUAGGGACCUCUGAUCCUAAAGUUGGCCAUGAUCAAAAUUUCUCUGCAAGAGAUGGUGUUAAUUCAUGUUAUAAAAAGUAUAUAUGGAUCAAGUAUAGGUGGAAGAGUUCAUCAAUAUCAGAAAAGGGAAAGAUGAAGGUGAGGAGGAAGAUGAGAGAACCAAGGUUUUGUUUUCAAACAAGAAGUGAUGUGGAUGUGCUGGAUGAUGGCUACAAGUGGAGGAAAUAUGGGCAGAAGGUUGUGAAGAACAGCCUCCAUCCAAGAAGUUACUAUCGAUGCACACAUAAUAACUGCAGAGUUAAGAAGAGAGUCGAACGAUUAUCAGAAGAUUGUCGCAUGGUGAUCACAACUUAUGAGGGCAGGCACAACCAUUCUCCAUGUGAUGACACAAACUCAUCAGAGCAUGAAUAUUAUAAUUCAUAUUAAGAACUUUGUAUGGAUUAAUGUAAUCCAGAGUUUAUGUUUCUUUGUGACUUCUUUGAUGUCAAUGAUUAAUAUAUUGGAUAUUAUCAAGUUUCUUCAGA